AACAAAAGAAAAGGAAAAAGGGAAGAAGAGCCAAAGGAGUGAAAUAGCAGUCUACAAUAUAAUCAAGAUUUUCCCCAAUUCUCCACUUCAAACCCUCACAAGACAACAAUGGCGAUCUCCACACUCCAGAAACUCGCCUCCCGAAUUUCCAAGACCCCUUCACUCUCCCUUUCAUCGAGAGCUGUAAUCGCCCGCUCUGCCGCCUCCUCCUCCUCUGCUGUCACCGCCUCUUCUCGUUCCGCAAAAGUUGCUGAUCGAAUCGUCAAACUCUUCGCAAUCGAUCCGGAUGGGCAGAAACAGGAAGUCGUGGGGCUCUCGGGUCAGACCCUGUUGAAGGCGCUGACGAAUAAGGGGUUAAUCGACCCGGCGUCGCACCGGCUCGAGGAGAUCGACGCCUGCUCGGCUGAGUGUGAGGUUCACAUAGCGCAGGAGUGGCUCGAGAAGCUUCCGCCGGCGACAUAUGAUGAGCAGUACGUGUUGAAGAGGAAUUCGAGGAAUCGUGUUCUCAACAAGCAUUCGAGGCUCGGGUGCCAGGUGGUUCUGACGCCGGAUUUGCAGGGAAUGGUGGUUGCCGUUCCCGAGCCAAAGCCAUGGGAUAUUCCGUAAGGUUUUGAUUCCUGAAGCGGUGAUUGGUGAUGUGGCCAGUUGUAAGGCCUUUUUGUUAUUCGAAUAAUGUGGAUGGAUAUUAUGGAUGAUUCACCAUGAUGAUGAUGGAUAUUUUGAAGGCGGAUUCAUUGUUCUUUCUAAAUAUGUGUACUGUUGAAUGAAGUUUGAUAAAUGGACUAUUUCAACACUUUAGAUUUGAAAAUAUGAAAUUAUCCUGUUGCCCUUAA